AUGAUCUUUUCAUUUUUUAGGUCAUAUCAAACAUUUCGUACAACAAUAUGGUUAACAUUAAAUUCAUGGAUCAACAUAUUUUAUAUUGUUCAUUUGGCAUUGUUUCCAAAUUAUUUUCAUCAAAAAUCAUUAAAAUCAUUUGAACAUUUAUUUCAAUUUGAACGUAUUGAUUUAUUAUUUCAAUUUCAAAUAACAAUAUUUAUUAUACUUGAAUAUUUAUGUUUUAAAUUUUUCAAAAAUAUUCUUACCUAUAAUUUUCCAGCAAAUAUUAUUGUACAAAAAUAUUGUUAUCGAUUUGAUGAUAAUCAAUUAAAUUGUAAAUAUCGUCAAUAUUUAACACGUUUAAUUUAUAUUGGUGAUUUUAUAUCAAAAACAUUAAAU